AUGGCUGACGACGAGAUGAUGACCGAUGCCCCCGGUGGAGACUUCAACUGGGCGGAUGAAGUGACGGCGGAGCACGCCGCUUCCGGCCACGACGCCGCGGUCCUCGAGGCUGAGCGAGUGAAAGCUAAGAAACGAGCCGAGCGCUUCGGGCAAGAGUACAAGGAACCCAAAGCGAACGUGGUGGCGCGCGGGUUGAUGUCCAGGAAAGAGGUACUCGCCAUGCGUAAGGAGCAGGCUCUGAAGAAGAUGAACCGACGCGGCGAGUUCGUCGCCGGCAUCGACGUGUUCGAUCCGGAGGAGGAAGCGAAGCGGGCCGCGCGCGCCGCCAAGUUCGGCACGAACGCGCCCUCCGCGCUCACCCCGGAACAGCAGGCGAUCAAGGACAGGCGCGACGCACAGGACGCCCAGAGGCUUGUCGCGAACGCCGCGGCGCUCCAGGAGGCCUACGCCGACGCGAUGGACGACGGCACGGGCGCGAUCGCCGGAUCCGCGGACGUCGCGCAGGAUUUCUUCGAGUCCAGGGUGGACCCCGAGGUGGAUGCCUCCUGGCGUUCCGACGCCGUGCACCUCUACGGCGUCGAUCACAUGACGACCAACGAAUGCAUGGGCUACUUUCACGAGUACGGCCCGGUCUUCGUCGAGUGGAUCAACGACUCCAGCUGCAACGUGGUCUUCAACGACGAGCACACCGCUCGGCGCGCCAUACGAAUGAAGGGCGUCGCCAUGGGCGCCGAGGCUAACCCCGACGGCGGUCUGGCGCUCCCCGCGGGGACGUGCGCGGAGAUGUUGUGGCACUCCGGCCCGGAAUUCCGAAAGGACGGCCGCGUCAUCCAACUCUCAUUCAGGCUCGCCACCGAGGAGGACGUCAAGCCCGACGGCGAGGCGAGGAGCAGGAGGUUGUGGCGAGGCGGCCGCGGCAAACGGCGGCGCGGGGGAGGCGACAGGCACCAUCCCUACGCCGGAGACGGCGGCGGCGGCGGCGGCGGCGGCGGUGGCGGCGGGAGGCGUCGACGGGGUGCGCGGGGUCGGUCGGAUCGCGGCGGCGGCAUGCGAGCAUACGACGACGACGACGAUGACGGGGGCGUCGCCGACCUGCGCGAGCGCAUCAGGCGGAGGCGCCGCGACGCGGAGGCCGCCGGCGAGCGAGACGCCGGCGACGCGGAGGCCGCCGGCGGCGUCGACGGCACGGUGACGGGGAUUGGGACGGAGACGGUGACGGGGAUUGGAAGGGACGCGAGGGCAGACGCGGACGACGCGAUGCGGGGUGCCGUUGGUAUGAUGCGGGGGGCGCUUCGAGGCGCGACGAGGGAGCGAGCGACGGAGCCCCCGCGGCUGGAUGGAUCUUUAGAGGGAGACGCGGGGGUUUAG